UUUUCAACUCCACAGUCAGUGAGUUCUGCAGCUGAAUGACAGCAUGGCAGCAGCAUCUGGACCACAAGACACUUUUCCCAGACGUCGCAGGAAGAGCUUUGAUUUUGUGCCACCCCACAUGUCUGAGCUCAGAGCUGUCCUGCUGGGGAACAGCUGGUCUGAGAGGAGCUCAGUGGGAAACUUUAUACUGGGAGAGAACAAGUUCAACCCUGAGGAAGAACUGGACCGAUGUGUGAGAGUCAGCGGACAGAUUCAAGGGAAAGAAAUAUUUCUCAUCAACACUCCAGAUCUGCUUCAUCCAAACAUCUCUGAGGACAAAUUAAAGGAACAUGUGAAACUGUGUGAGGCUCUCUGAUCCUGGACCUCAUGUGUUCCUGCUGGUUCUACAGCCUGAAGACUUCACUGAGCAUCAAAAAACGAGACUCUGCAGAGUCCUGAACUUCUUCAGUGAUCAUUCCUUUGAUCAUUCACUGGUUCUGAUAUCACCACCCAGGCGUCCAGGUUUACGGCAUAGUGUCAUGUAUCAUACACAUAUACAGGAAAUGAUCAGACGAUGUAAUAACAAGUCACUGCAGCUUGAAAACCUCAACAUUCGGGAGUUACUAGAAAACAUGGAACGCAUUGUAGAAAUGAACCAUGGAACACAUGUGACCUGUCAGCACACCAGCGCUGAACAAAGAGAAGAAGCUCCUGUUACUCUGAAUGAUCCUCAGCCUGUUGGACGUAGACUCUGCAUUUUGCUGUUUGGAGGAAACUCAGCAAAGAAGACAGAACUCUGUAACCUUAUUGUGAAGAAAAAUUACGAUUUUUCAGGAUUUUCUCCAGACAGACAAGUUUUCCAUGGAGAGUGGAGAGGAAAACCUUUAACAGUAGUGAAAACUCCCAACUUCUUAAGUCCAUCUCUGAAAGCAGCGAGAGAAGAGAUGAAGAGCUGUGUGAGUCUCUGUCCUCCUGGACCAAACGUUCUGCUGCUGAUGGUGAAACCUUCUGAUUUCACUGUGCAGAGCAGAAAAACUCUCAGUUUGACCCUGAGUGUGUUUAAUGGAGAUGCCUUUAAACACUCAAUGGUCAUCAUCACAGAUGAGGAGAAGAUGGGACGUUCAGUUAAUUCUCUACUUAGAGAUUGUGAAGGUAGACACUACAACAUGUUUGAAAAUGAUCAUCGACAGUUAAUGGAGAAGAUUGAGAACAUCGUGCAUGAGAACAAAGGAAAAUUCCUCACAGUCACCGAAGAGACCAUCAGACCAAAGUCUGAAGACAUAAAAGAACAUGAAAAGAUUCAGGAAAUGACAAAUCAAUAA